GCUCGGCGGCGUUCGGUAGUGAAGUGGGGCGGAUGGACGGAAAAAAGGCGGCGAUGGACGUUCCGCGCCGAAAUCGUCGUUAACGAUGCCCUCCGACGAGCACCGGGACAUCGUCGCUUGCGCAACCGUCACUUUUGGACACUGACAGCCCGUUGCACAGGGAUGCUGUACUUUCAAGUCCACAAACGACCCAUUCUCUGAGAGCCGAGGAAACCUGGGGGGAGGGCGGGGCGCCAGCGAGCGCAGCAAAAGGAUCAGGUGUAACGAGGGGAGAAGAAGUGAAGUGUUUGUUACGUUUGGCCUCAUCUCUGCGGUGUCCGUGUCUCUGCACCAGUCGGUCAGGGAUGGUAAGACAGGUAACCUCACUUCCUGACCUCCUCGCCUUUCCCCAAGUCUCCCGCCAGCCCAACAGCCAGUCCGUUAGCAAAUCUGACGCAUCGCUGAGCGGCCUGCGAUCAUCCAGCAAGCCGAUUACCUCAUGCCAUGACCGGUCUGUCUGACCUGCUUUCAGGAACUCUCUAAUUCAUGCCCAGGAGUGUGAGUGGAGUGGAGAUGAGAAAAAGGCAGGCGGCGCACAUCGAGGCCCCACCCGAGGUCCCCGGACACCCCCGACCCAACACCUGCUGCCUCUGCUGGUGCGGCUGCUGCAAGUGUCUCUGGAAUGAAGACAGGAUGGAGAGAAGUGAACGGCAGACCUGCACCAAGUUGGACAGUAUUGAAGCCGCAGAUGAACAACACCCCAACCUGGAUGACGUGCUGUCGUGGGCACGGAGCUUUGAGAUGAUGCUGCGCUCGCUUGAAGGCCGGGAGAUCUUCCGGGAGUUCCUGAGGUCGGAAUACAGCGAGGACAACCUCCUCUUCUGGUUGGCCUGCGAAGAGCUGAAGAAGGAGACCGACCCCUCAGCGGUGGAUGAAAAGGCCAGGAUCAUAUACGAAGAUUACGUAUCCAUACUGUCGCCUAAAGAGGUGAGUCUGGACUCGCGGGUGCGAGAAGGCAUCAACCAGAGCCUGGCCGAGCCCAGCAGCCUGAUGUACGAGGAGGCGCAGCUCCAAAUCUACACACUGAUGCACCGAGACUCCUUCCCUCGUUUCCUCAACUCCUCCGUUUACAGAGACCUCCUCGCCAGCAGGAGGCGCGCCUGCCUCGACACCUAAAGACCCUACAACCAUCCACAUUGGCCCUCCCACGUCGCCGCCCGAGGCAACAAGACUACUACGUUAAAUACUACUAUGGUGCCAGAAAGUCCGGUUUUGGGGAAAACAAAACACAUCUCUCCCUCUUUCUUGAUUGAAAAGAUCCAAGAUAGCUGGUUUGUUUUUACUUAUAUUUUUUAAAGCAGUUUCUAUCUGACGGUCCACUUUGGCUGGUUGGUCCGUAUGUAACCAGGCCACAACUGCUGGCUUGUGAGUGUUUUCGCCAGCAAUUUUGUGCCAGAGGGAGGAGUCGAGAUGGUCACUGUGGACUCCUCAGGACCAGGACAGACAGAAUGGACAUGCCAACGAUUCCUGUACUGUAAUAAUUAGACCUCACUUUAAUUCAUCUUUUAUUUUCAUAUCAUUCUAGUCCACACUCGAGCAGCACCUCUGCAUGGAACUCUCACUCUCCCUGGAGUAGCCUGACAAAGUAAGCCCACGACUGCAAGUGUUUUUGGGGAAAUAAGGCUUUUCAUCUGACUGUCCUCUAGUGAAGGGAAAACUAUUUGAAGCUGAGUUGUUUGAAGACAGGGGAAGCAGCAGAUGCAACCAUCCAUCUUGCCAUUCAUCCAUCCAUCCAUCCAUCCAUUCAUCCGUCCAGCCAAGCACUUUCCUUCUUUUAGUGGGAGAAGUAAGGGCUAGAAUUGUGGUUGGGCAGCUACGUGUACUAUUGUUAACUCAUGAACUUUACCCCAAGAAGAAACACAAUGCCUUCACCUGUUUUGCGGGGAAAAAAGGCAGCACAAGCGGCGUUGCUGGAUUUUUAAUUAUUCCAGGAAAAGCAACCACAGAUAGUCCCAACAACCCCCUCCUUCUUCUCCCCACUCCUGACAGGCGAGCCUAAUAAGCACAGGUGAGGGGAAACACUUUUUUAAGUUGGUACAAGGUGCCCUGGCCUUUGUCUUUAAGGCUUUAUUAUUGUAUGAUUAUUGCUAUGAAUCUAUGAUUAGCUGCUCUAUGGCGAUAGCCGAAGCGGGUGCCAAACACGAUGUCAACGACGCUUAGAGGAGGCGUCUCGGGUCGUUUAGCCAGCACAUUUUAGUUAGCGACUUUUUCUUUGAACGACAGUGCUAACAAAGACAUCUUUGAUUCAGUCGUGCGACAUGCUCGCCCCCCCUUUUUUUGGGUGGAAGUUUCAGUAUGUGGCUAGCAUCUGUGCUAACCCUGCGUCGCACUGCCAGCCCCCUCUCUGUCUGUCUCUCUCACAUGCGCAUGCACACACACACACACACACACACAAACACUCUUGGUUUACUUUUCUAAACCUGACUUUGACCGCAUGCGACAAUAAUGUGUCUGUAGACGCUUUAAAGAAACAUUUUUUAAUGGAGGGGCGGGGUGUUGCCAGAUGUCCCGCUAAGAUGUUUUGUUUUGAUGAUGUGAACAUUUAGACCUGUGGAUACGCAGUAGAAACGUGCAUGACUGAAGUAUUAACAAUAUUUUUGAUAAAUUACCUUGACUGAUCUUGAGUUUGGAGGCCCCCUUUUCACAAUUUUAUUACCUUUUGGAGGUAGUGUAAGAGCUGCAACAGAGGCGGAAGUGCGCCUGUGGUAAGAUGCGGGUGUGACUUUUAACACCCUGACGCUCAUUUUCACCUGCCCUGUGUUGAAAGCGAUUGUCACAUUUUAUACAUUGCAGGCGCAUCUAAUUAUUCGACUGCAUGGUGUCGCUGUACGAAAGCGCAACAUUUGCGAAUAAACGCCUGAAUCUAUUUUUCUUCUCGCUCUGCUGCAGCAAUUUUGUGGACCUACAUUGUUAAUGGAAACGAACGACAGGAUGCCAUCUCUUAUCCUAACUACCUGAUGUUGACGUGAAAACUUCGGUAGUUUUUUUAAUUUUAUUUUUUUAAAGAGCAGGCUAGCAAACGUGCCAUUGGAUGUGCUAUUGUUGUAAAAUUAGGGAUGGGCGCUAAAUUUCUGAUUUUAAUCGGAUUGCAGAAUCUUGUUCUUGAAUGUUGUGAACUGCUGUGGAGCUAGCUUAACUUUCCAUAGCUGCCGUCUUGCUGUGCUUCUUCUAGACAGCAAACUACUGUGGACUGAAUCAGCAGCGCCUGUGCUGUUGGCCACAGGCAGUGCACUCCAAAAACGCCACCUAACAGGCGAUGAAUUUGUAUUUUUUUAUGCCCAUCCCUACUCAAAGUACGUGACUGUAUGAACUCCAUUCACAUGUUAAAAGCAGUGCACACGCUUGAGGUUAAUGUUAUCCGCCAGUGGGGUCAAUAGAAGCAUUGUUUUCCAAGAAAAGCUUUUUAUUCCGAGUUUUAAAAAAAAUUAAAAAAAGAAAGGAAGAAAAGAAAAGAAAGACCUCCUCAUGGCUAACUAGAACAUACGUACAGUAACAAACAUGCAGGCGACCCACAUUCACCACAGAUACCGCUUAGCAGUGCAUGCAUGCACCCACUUGAUGAUGAUGAUGGUGGUAUUAUUAUGAAUAAGAACUGAUUUUCUCCAUUUUUUUCCGAGUGUGUUUAGCUCGACUAACAAUAACAACAACAACAACAACAACAGAGAAUGUUUUACUCACCACGAAGCAGACGUACAAUGGUGCAAUUCAACCAAGUUUACAUUUCUAAUAAACAGUGUGCCGUGUUUGUUUGUUAGUUAGUUGGUUAGUUGGUAAGACGCUCAUUGUAAGCAUUUGGGAGACCAGCUGGAAAGGUUGUAGAGUAUCUGGCGUAAUUUAUUGUGACUUUUAUUGUGGAAAAACUGAGGCAGUGACCAUGUGACGUCAUUGCUCGGCUUGUUGAAGUUUUUCAAACGUGGCUGUGAUUUUUUUAAUUUUAUUAUUAUUAUUUGUUUUAAUAGCGACAAAGAGCUGACAGGAUGGAGGAGGCCUUACCGACGCAUUUCGUCUUAUUUUAUGUUCCUUUUUAUAUAGACAACAACAAGUAGGCUUUUCACUACCUCUCAUGUUGGUUAAUUUAUUUCACAUCUAGUUUUGUUUUUUGUUGUUGUUAUUGUUUUGGGUUUUUUUUAGAUCUACUUGAAGCCUAACACUGUAAAAAACUACAAAAUGUGCACAGAGAAAAUGUAUAUGACCACAAGUUUGGAGGGGGCGGGGGGGGGGGGUAUUUUAAAGAGAGCUUAGCCUAGAUAUCAUAUUUAAUUUUGAGGUUUAUUUGUAUGUUUUGUGUUGAGUUGAACUAGACUUUUGCAUCUCUAUAAAUAAUAAUUCAGGAAACCACUGUCUAUAAGGGCUAAUCCCAGUUUUGCCUAUGCAAAUAUGUUACUGUGGUGGAGGGGAUUUUUUUUUGGGUGGAGGGGGGUCGUUGGAAAAAGGGGCGAGGUACCAGCCGCCCUCUUUAAAUGGACUAUGGUUUACAUUGCCCUUUGCUGAUAUUCUUCAAUCUUUACUCAGCAAAAAUGUACGCUUAUUUUUCUUUCUAUAUUAAAUAUGACAUAUAUAUAUAUCUUUAUAAAAUAAGUACUACACAGAGAAUAUAGUAUAAUAUGCCUUCGUGAUGAUAUAUAAGGAAAAAAAACUAAUAAAUGUGUUUGUUGUCUGACAUUAUGUGGCUGGCGUCUUGCUAAGAUGAGUGGGGGAGAAAAAAAUAGCUGUAGCUAUCGAGCGAAAACCUUUGCGCUGUUUACAAACACUUUAUUGGUUCCCAUCCCCAAAUCAUGUGUUCAGUCCAUUUAGAAUUCCACCUUUUGUUAUUUUCAUUUUUUUAAGAGGUUUUGAAGGGCUGCGUGGAAUACAAAUGUGCUAACAAUAGGGGCUAGCUUGUAAAAUCAACUUCCUGUCUUUUUCAGUUUUAUUUCCUCACUGCAAACAACAUAAAUAAAGGGCCUGUUUACAUGACAACCAUGUAGCAAAAUAUGCCGGGUGUUAAAACGGACUUCAGACAACAGCAGCAUGUUUUUAAAUAGUCUUCUCUGUGUAUAUUGGGAUCGAAAAUUUGUGUCAUGGAAGUAAUGUUUCUUUGUAAAUGUACACUGGAAUUUACAUAUACAUACUGUAUAUCAGUAUUUACAGUACAUUGAAACAAAAACGUGUUUUGUUAUGUAAAAAUAGCGUUAUUUACAACAUCCAAAAUUUUCAGUACUCAAAAUUCUUAUGUAGCCAAUGGCGGAGGUGUGGACUCGGGUCAGACUCGACUUGGACUUCGACUUUGACAUCAAUGACUUGGGACUUGACUCGGGCUUUAUUCUGCUGACUUGAAAGUACUAGGGAUUUUCAGUGAGUGAGCUGAGUAAAAUGUGUCCCCAUUCAAAGUAUUGGACUGCCGUGAUCCAGCAAGACAACAUACAGCAUUUUCCCUUUGAAUCUGCCUCGUUGAAUGCAUUUAACAGGUUUUUGAACAAACAAUGACUGUGUGGAUUACAUAAAUCCUGAAUGCUAUGUCAGCACUAUUUUUCUGUGACUAAGUCUUGUCACACUGGUCUGAUUUUAUUUCAAAAAAUAAAAAUUCAACAUGAAAUCAUUGUAUUUGUCAAAUGUAAUAAUUGCCGUGUUGAAAUGACAUUUUGUUAGGGAGACACUAAACAGUGAUUACGAUUUGGAAAGACCUUUCAAGCCUGUCACUUCGGAUUUGACUUGGACUUGCAUGUCUUUGCUAAAGACUUGGGACUUGCAAAACACCGAUUUGCUCCCACCUCUGGCCAACAGUCACUGUGUUGAUGAACGGGCUUCUUUUGUUUUUAUUAUUCCGAUAAGUCAUGUACUUUAGUUUUAGUUUAACGUUCUUCAUUUAGACAGUUUGAGCUAUUAAAACAUGUUGCCUAAAAUAGCAACCAUUUUUUACAAUUUUGUGUAAACAGCCCUUAAUUUGCGACAUUCAAGUCUUGUUUAUUUGCCAACAUGCGCUCCCAAGAGUCACCAUGUUGACGAGAUAGCGUUGUCAACCGUGAACUGUUUUAUGAUUCCAGCCGCUUUUAAAAGUUGCCGUGUAAAAAGACAACAAAAACGACUAUUUUUUUGUAUCAAUCUUGUUUAAACAGCCCCUGAAUUGCUGUCAUUCAAAACUGUUAUGUAGCCAUCAUGCACCCCCUGCAGUCAUGCUCUAGCAUCGUCAGUCGUAAACAGGCUUCUUUUGUUUGUUUCCAAUAAACCAAAACUAAAACGCGUCACUUAACAUUCUUCACUUAGAGAGUUUGAGCCACUUUUAAAAGUUCAAAAACAGCGACCAAGACAACAAUUUUUUUUGAACGAUCUUAUGUAAACAGACCCUAAAUUUUUGACAUUCGAAAUUCUUAUGUAGCCAACAGGAACUCCCAAUAGUCACUGUGUCGAUGCGCUAGCGUUGUCCGUCGUAAACAGUAUGUUUUUACUGUAUUAUUGUGAUAAAUGAAAAAUAAAACAUUUUUCACUUAGCUAGAUUGUGCCACUUUUAAAGGUUCCUGUGUAAAAAGAGCCAUCAAAAUGAUGUUUUAAAGACGAUCUUUAGUCAACAGUCCCUAAAUUUCCGACUUUCAAAAUGAGCUCGCCAUGUCAAUCGUAAAGGAUUUGUUGUCAUUAUUCUGGUAAACAAAAUCAAAAACACGACGUCCGUUAGCGAUCCUCGCUAAUCUAGUGGGGAAGCCACUUUUUAGAGGUUUGUGAUGUUACUCUGUUUAAGUGUUGGUGGUUUCCUGGUGGAGGUUUUAUCGACUAGCGUGAGAUUCAACGUUGGUAUUCUGGUGCCUCUUUGUUUUGUUUGUUUGUUUCACAGAGACCUCAAGAUCCGUCGCUUUUAUUUUCUCGAGAGCUCUCGGUGACGUGAGCCGUGCAAUACCGCCCAUCUGCAGGCAGGGCGGCGACAUUUUCCUCGUCGUUUUGAGAGAAUCCCCGCUCGGUGCGACAAACAGGCUUUAGGCGAUCACUUUUCUCUUUAUUGAUUUCGAUGCCUAAUCGUCUCGGGUUGUCGGUGUAACGCAGGUGGAAAUCGGGGAUUUUAAUAAAAAACAAAACAUGCGAUGGGGAACGGUGUUUUUCUAUUCAGCAUGCUUUUUGCUAAGUAAAUGAAAUAAUUCAGUUAUUUGCUACAAACGAUACUGUAUGAGUAUGUAUUCCAGUACUGCAGUAUGCAGACAAUUUAAAAAAAAAUACUCUAUGGGGGGCUCCUGUUUGUUUUACUACGUGAUUCUUAAGUGUCACAUGAUGAUUAGAACCAGCCUCUUUUUUGUGCGCUCGGUUCGUUUGCAUGACUCUUGAGCUUUUGCGGAACGGCGCCACGUGACAAUGUCAUUUUCCUAAAAGAACUUCAGGGGAGGUACAGUACCUUGAGCAAAAUAAUUCUUUUUUUUUUUUUUUUAAGAAGCUGCUUACGCUAAAAAGUAAAGCAAAUGACUUUUUGUGGUGGUCACACUUUGAAAAUUUGUUUUUUUUGCAUUGGUGAAGUGAAAGAGCAGCCACUUUGCAUUUUUCUCGAGCAGGGGUGUCCAAAUGAUUUCCAGAAUUGACGGAAGGGGGACCACUUUCAUACAUGUUUUACAUUUAAAGAUGCUAAAAAAAUAUGGACACGUGCUUCGUUGUGUUAUAGGUGGCUAAGCAAUUAAGUGUAAUAUCUAACAAUACAGCUGAUAAAUAAUUAGGGGUGUCACAAGAUCUCGCAAGAUUAAAAUGUGAAAAGAUUUCUCAAUCAGAAUGUCUCGUGAGCACUAGGCCUGGGAUGAUGAUAUUUCAUUAAAUAAUCACACAAAAAAUGAAAUUGAACUCGGUAAUUGGGCCGGCCUCAAUAUAUUGCCAUGUGCACGUGUGUCUGUUUUCCUCAUCUACCGCCUCCAAACGGGCAGGAAGAGGGUUCACUCUGUGUACUCUUUCCAGCACCUUGGCGUGUUUGUUCCACAGAACAAUGGCAUGAACAGAGUGAGCCCUCUUGUCAUGUCUCGGUGGGUGGAGGUGGGGCUGGGGGCUUAGUAGAAAUGAAAUGACUAGAUUGCAGUAUAUUUUUUGUAUUUUUUCCACUGUACUUUUCUUAAAAGUAUUAUUAAAAUCGCUUCUCAUUCUCAUAGUCCCAAUCUUGUGUAUCGACUCUUCUCGUGAACCCAUUAAUAAUGAAUGAACUGUAUUUUUACAAUACAGGUGGUCCUCAGUUUAUGGCGUUCGGUGGUUACGUACGUGCCCUCAUAUAUUAAUUUUGGUCUGUAAACACGAGAACUGCUGUAGUUACAGCAUGAUGUGCAGCGUAAGAAUACCCUAUGUGCUUAUGAUAAACAGGCAAAAACAAAACAGGCUUCUGUCAGACGCAACACGCCAAAACAACAUCAGCAAACUCAACUGUCCUGUCUGUAUGCAGCCACACACACAGUCAGGACUCAUGUCACAGUACACAUAAUAUAACUUUGCUGAUUUUCUGAAAGCAACAGUAGUAUUAGGCAGUGUACUGGUCUUAUUGUCGGCAUGGAUUGCUGUAUUUCAAAGCAAAACUCAACUUACAUUACAGUCCAGGAGUGGAACUCAUACGUAACCCGAGGGCCACCUGUAUACCAAAGGACAGACUGAAAGUGGUCCCCAGGCCACACUUUGGACACCCCUGUUCUGGAGGGUUCCUGGGCAGCCUCAAAAGUCACACGGUGGCUUUGAUCAGAAGCGGCUUCCGAAGUGCCAUGAGACGCGGGAGGAAGCCCUCAAGUGUAGCAUUCACGUGUCCCGUCGUCGUCGUGGCGGGCGCGAGGCCUCGUGUCACCGUGUAAACGCGUACCUCAACAAAACUUGUACUUUGUGACGGACUUUUAAUAACAACGAAAUGUGUGGCUUUUUGCAUGACGGUUGGAAAAAAAAAAUGGAUGUAACGUUUGCAUACAUGUCCCAAUUCCGGAUUUUUAUGUUUGAUUUCGUUAUGAUCUGCUUUGUGGAACAUUUCAAAAUUGUGCCAAAAAUGAGCCAUUUUUACAGUUCCGUUGUUGGGAUAUACAACAAGUCAAGUGUUCCUUUCCUUUCACGCAAGUGUUUGUCAUUUCUCGCAAUCAUCUCCACGCAACAAAUCUUGGUAAAACGGCAGUGAUGUCCACAGGAGAUGCUUGAUGCUGACAAAUAAGAGCUACCAUAUCACGAUCUUCACUGUCAUGGUUGAUUUUUGUAUUAUUAUUAUUGUGAAUGAGUGCCGCUGUGUACAGCCGUGGUCUGCCAAAAAAACCCCACAAACUAAAAAAAACCCACAAAUUUGUUGUAACUGCCCUCGAAUAUCUUGUCAUUUGCAUAGUGCUGCUAGAAGAGUGUAACAACUGACAAUAAAUACUUCAUAGA